GGUCCCGCCAUGAUACCAUUUAUGUAAACCCCACCCCAAACCCCCUGCAGUCCCGACAGCGUUACACACAAUUCAAAGUUACGGGGUACAGACAGAUACAAACCGCAUCCGCAGCCCCCAGGACCUGAUCGGACCUGAACCGCGAUCGAUAGAUGUGUGUCUUCCGUCCUUGACAGGAAGCAGUGCCUUUUUGUGGUGGAGUCUGGAUUCUGGAGUCGUGCUUGUGUACCUGAAACGCUCCAGGGUCCAAGGGCCCCGUUGAGGACAGAACAGCCAUCAGGCAAAAAAUGGCCCUGUCUUAAUUGAGUGACGGAUGGUUGUUCCCUUAUUGAGCUGAUGUUGAACAGGUUCUUGAUCAAAUUCGAUCUGUUUCCGGCGUACACCUUGACGGAUUCGGGAGUCUCUUUUAAGCCCAGCUAAACCACACGAACAUGGGUAUUCAUGUGCUUACCGGCCUUUCGUAUUGGAAGCUUCGCGCCAUAAAGACGGUCUUCGAGGGUAUCACGACCAUGAUCAUAACCGAGUGUUACCCGAGCCUACGCCCUUUGGUUCACCGUUGCUACCGGGAUAUCAAACUUCACUUUGGAUGUUCUUUACAUCACCAUAUGCGGACUCCGAGGAUCUUGUUACUGAUCAAUCUCCAUAUGCUAAGUUAUACCCCUCAGACCGGAAUAUCAAACUCACUGCACCCAAGUUGUUUUCUGUGACGCGCUUUGUUCACGAACGACUUGUCAUCGGAUGCGCUGGCACGUUCGGCUCCCCCCAGAAUCGGCCAGCCACGUAUGUUUACGAAAUAUUUCGUAUAUCCUUUCAGGCGGGGCCGACAGAAGAAGCGAUCUCGAGGUCUCAUGACAACCGACUAUUGGGUGGGCUUCAACCAGGAGAGAAGCAUGUCAGCCUCGCCACCUGCCUUUGCGUCUCGUCAUUGCAUUUCAGCAUCCCGCACAGACUUGGCCUUCAUUUCUCCCGGUUUGGUGACUGCGCUUCGGGAAGAAGAGACCAUCUGGCGUUGUGGUGUUCUGUGGGUGUUUGUGCCAUACGAACCUCUGAACAUGGGAAUUCUACUGCAUCUGCGCAUAAUACCAUGUGGCGGCUUUGGAUCCGUGAUACGAACUUCGCGUAAAGCUUGGAAAUUCUGGAAACUCAGAAAACGUGGAUAUACCAGAUCGCUUUACUCUCGAGUUCGAAUGUUCUUUUCUCUUGGACAAGUUCCGGUUUUUCCCACUGCGGUUCCGGGACGGUGAUAAGGCGAAUAUAUCAUUGCGAAGGAAAUAUCUGACCUUUGCUUGACACGGUCCUC